AUGGCUACUUUUACAACGAAAUGUUUUGGAGAAUCAAAUACAACGAACUACAGGAUGUAUUUCUUUUCUGGAAAUGAUCCCAUUUCGCCUUUCCAUGACAUCCCUCUCAAAAGCUCUUCUAACACCUUCAACAUGGUUGUUGAAAUACCGCGGUGGUCAAAUGCCAAGAUGGAAAUAUGCAAGGAGGAAUCCUUGAACCCAAUCAAGCAGGACGUUAAGAAGGGCAAAUUGAGGUACGUGAACAACGUUUUCCCCCACAAGGGCUACAUCUGGAACUAUGGUGCUCUUCCUCAGACCUAUGAGGAUCCUGCUUACGUUGAUCCUAAUACCAAGGCCAAGGGUGACAACGAUCCCAUUGACGUCUGUGAAAUAGGAAACAAAAUCAUUCCAAGUGGUAGCGUCAUUCGAGUCAAAGUUCUCGGUAUCCUUGCCAUGAUUGACGAAGGUGAGACAGACUGGAAGGUAAUCGCCAUCAAUGUGGAGGAUCCACUCGCGGAGAGCCUAAAUGAUAUCGGCGAUGUGGAGCAUCACAUGCCUGGUCUCCUGGAUGCUACCAAAGAGUGGUUCCGCAACUACAAGGUCCCUACUGGCAAGCCCAAAAACACAUUUGCGUUUGAUGAGCAGUAUAAGGACAAAGAUUUUGCCUCCAAGAUUAUCACCGAGACCCAUGAACAAUGGAAGCAUCUCGUGCUCCAGCGUUCGGAGUCAUCGGAGCUUUCUUGGCAGAAUAUAACAAACACGAACAGUCCUUGCCAUAUUUCGAUUGAGGAGGCUAAAGCCAAGGUGGCCAAGCUGCCACCAUUUAAACAAGGCAAGGAAGUUAGCGAUCCUGCAGUGGAAGAAAUUCACUAUUUAUCCGCUUGA